UUUGACAGUAGGCGACUGGUUGGGUUAGAGCAGCGCUCGAACCGGAGUUUAGGGCGCUUUACGGAAAAAUACUCUCUCCCUCCCUCUGCUUUCUCUCUCUCUUCCCAUCGCCCACUCUCACUUCACCCACCCGCCAACAUAUUAUUGUCUUCCUCCCUCCAAAGUUUGAGGGCGUCGCAGUAAUAUAUUCAUACGUCCAAGGGGACUAACGAAUUUGCGGCCGGCGUCGAGGUUUAACGGACGGCGGAUUCUUUCUCGGAGUGUGUUUUGAUGGAUUCUCCUCAACGUAGUCGGAGUCAUGUGAAACGAGAGGUGGAGGAUAGCUCAGAUUUGAGGCGUGAUAGGGCUGGAGACGAUGAAGAGUGGGAGGGCAGUGAUAAGAGGAAGCACAGGUCAAGCCGAUCAAGAAAGUCCGGUAAUGGAGAAGACACGGGAGGAAUGGAGAGCAGUGGAAGAAGGAGAAGUUAUGGGGACAGAAGUGAGAGCCGAAAGAGAUCAGGUGGCUCUAGCAUUGCAGAUAGUGAUGAAGACGAUUAUGACUCAAGAAAAGAGUUGCGUUCUAAGCAGAUGAAGAAAAAACAAGAAGAGAGCAGUUUGGAAAAGUUGAGCAGUUGGUAUCAGGACGGGGAAUUAGAGAACAGGCAAGAUGGCGGAGAUAAGUUGGGAGGUAGAGAGUCAGUUCGAGCUGAAGAAAGUGAGAGAAGGAAAAUGAGCUCAAAGCUUACACAGCAUGAGGAUUCUCAGAGUAAAAGUAAGAGUAAAGAGGAAAGACCCCAUGACGGAGAGCUUGAAAAGACACUUGGUAGAGAUUCCAGGCAUUCGGAGAGUAAGGAGAGCAGCCGCGAGAGGACACAUGGUUCUUCUGAACAGGUGAAGACCUCGAGAAGAAGAUGGGAUGAUUCAGAAGGUGGGAGAAAGGCAGAAGAAAGUCAUUAUGAAAAAUCCGAUUCAAGAAGCAGUAAGCCUUCUGAUCCUAAGUAUGAGAGUUCUAAAGAGAAGAGUGUCUCUGCGAGAAAUGAACCCAGCGAGAGUAGAAUCCGGGGUGUGGAUUCAAACAGUGAUAGGGCUACCAAAUCUAACAGGGAAGAGAGAAAACCUGAUGUGGAAAAGAGUAAGAGCAAAACCAGGCCAGAAACACUGGAAGAAGACAACAGGGAUAGUCCUGUCACUCGUGAAGAUAGAUCAGGCAGGGAGAAAACUGAAAAGCAUAGACAGCAGAGAACUCCAACUGGUCGGGAUGUUGCUGAAAGCAAGGAGCGGUCUUUGAAUGCAGAUGAAGCAAAUGCGGGGACGAAAGACAAGGGUCCUAGAGAAGGAGGAAGUACCACCAGGACGAGGACACCUGAGCGGAGUGGGAGGCGUUAUCAGGAUUCAGAAUACUGUGAGAUGGAUUAUGACAGGAGUUUUAAUCUCAAGCGGAAGGAACUGGAUAAAGAUGGUUAUAGAGAUGAUCGAUCAAAAGGGAGAGAUGAAAGCUGGACUGACAAGAGUAGGGACCGAGAAGGUUCCAAAGAGAACUGGAAAAGAAGGCAACCCAGUAGUAGUGAAAAAGACUCCAAAAAUGGGGACAUGAAUUAUGAUCAUGGUAGAGAGUGGGAGCUGCCACGGCAUGGUCGUGAGAGGACUGACAAUGAAAGGCCUCACAGUCGGUCUGGUAAUAGGAAAGAUGGAAGCCGUGGUGAAGCUGUGAAGACCUCAUCAAAUUUUGGAAUUUCAAAUGAAAAUUACGAUGUGAUUGAGAUCCAAACUAAGCCUAUAGAUUACGGAAGAGGAGACUCAGCAUCCAACUUUGCUAGGAGGACCGAAGCUGGUCAGCAAUCUGAUGGGAGAUCAGCGCCAAGUGAUGAAGAGUGGGCAUAUCUGCAGGAUGACAGGACAAGGAGGAGUGAUAUGUAUGGAUCUGGACCACCUAGAGAAGAUUCAAAGGAAAGAUAUUCAGAUGAUAUUAACUCCCUGCGAGAUCAGAAUUCAUGGAGGGAGGACUCUGAUGCCUAUGGAGGCAAAGGUCGAGGACAGAAAGGUUCUAUGCCUGGGCGUGGUGCUGGUGGCCAAAGUUCUGGUGGUGGCUUACAGCCUCCAUAUGGAAAUGCAGAGCCAAGUUCCUUCAAUAGAAAUGCUUCACAAGGGAUGAAAGGGGGUAGAGUAGGUAGAGGAGGAAGGGGUAGGCUUACUGGAAGAGAUAGCCAACCGGUAGGAAUCCCACUUCCAAUAAUGGGAUCGCCGUUUGGCCCUCUUGGAAUGCCACCACCUGGACCCUUGCAGCCACUUACACCUAGCAUGUCACCUGCUCCAGGUCCACCAAUGUCCCCUGGCGUCUUCAUUCCACCAUUUUCUCCUCCUGUGUGGCCUGGGGCUCGGGGAGUUGACAUGAAUAUGUUAGGUGUCCCACCUGGUCUCUCCUCGGUCCCUCCUGGAUUAUCAGGCCCAAGAUUUCCUCCUAAUAUGAGUACUCCGACAAACCCUGCCAUGUUUUUUAACCAAUCUGGCCAUGGAAGAGGAGUUCCUCCAAACAUAUCUGGCCCUGGUUUUAAUUCUGCAGGACCAAUGGGACGAGGAACUCCGGCUGAUAAAAAUCAAGGUGGUUGGGUUCCUCAUAAAAGUAGUGGACCUCCUGGUAAAGCUCCUUCCAGAGGAGAGCAGAAUGAUUACUCGCAAAAUUUUGUCGAUACUGGUAUGCGACCCCAGAAUUUCAUCAGGGAGCUAGAGCUUACAAAUGUUGUGGAGGAUUACCCCAAGCUGAGGGAGCUUAUACAGAAAAAGGAUGAGAUUGUGGCUAAUUCUGCUUCACAUCCCAUGUAUUACAAGUGCGACCUGAAAGAGUUUGAGCUAUCCCCAGAGUUCUUUGGAACCAAGUUUGAUGUCAUUCUCGUGGAUCCACCUUGGGAGGAAUACGUUCAUCGUGCUCCUGGUGUUGCUGACCACACAGAGUAUUGGACGUUUGAAGAAAUAAUGAAUCUUAAGAUUGAGGCAAUAGCAGACACACCUUCUUUCAUUUUUCUUUGGGUGGGUGAUGGCAUGGGUCUUGAGCAGGGUCGUCAAUGUCUAAAAAAGUGGGGAUUUCGUAGGUGUGAAGAUAUAUGUUGGGUGAAGACAAACAAAACUAAUGCAACUCCUGGUUUGCGCCAUGAUGCUCAUACUUUGUUUCAGCACUCAAAGGAACAUUGCUUAAUGGGAAUAAAAGGCACCGUUCGUCGCAGCACUGAUGGCCACAUAAUUCACGCCAACAUUGAUACAGAUGUGAUAAUAGCCGAGGAACCCCCGUACGGUUCAACCCAAAAGCCUGAGGAUAUGUACAGGAUUAUUGAGCAUUUUGCCCUUGGCCGUAGAAGGCUUGAGCUCUUUGGUGAAGACCACAACAUUCGGUCCGGCUGGCUGACUGUUGGUAAAGGACUGUCCUCAUCGAAUUUUAAUGCCGAGGGAUAUACCAAGAACUUUGCUGACAAGGACGGGAAGGUUUGGCAAGGAGGGGGUGGACGAAACCCACCUCCAGAGGCACCUCAUCUUGUGGUGACAACUCCAGACAUAGAGACCCUUCGGCCCAAGUCACCGAUGAAAAACCAGCAGCAAUUGCAGCAGCAGAAUUCAUCAUCCAUUUCUCUUACGCCCGCAAAUUCCUCCAACAGAAGACCUGCCGGAAACUCACCGCAAAAUCCAAUUGCUCUUGGUGUAAACCAAGAAGCUUCAAGUUCUAAUCCCUCAACUCCAGCUCCUUGGGGGCCUCCACCAAUGGAGGGUUUUAAAGGGCGAGACGGCAACAGUAUGCCGUCAGAUGAUAAGGUUUAUGAUAUGUAUGGAUACUCAGGACAGCCAAAUGGAGAGUUUCUAGAUUUUGAGUCUCACAGGCACAUGAAUUUGUUGUAACGAAACGAGGAGUGAUAUUUCUUUUUAUUUGUAUUGUAAUUCUUUUUCCCUCUUGUAUAAAUGGAAAGAAAAUGCGUCCA